AUGGUCUGCGCCGGCGGUCGCGAUAACUCCUCACGUAGGCCGCCGCCAGCGGCCGUCCCCGAAUCGCGGGGGGAGGAGGAGGAUGAGGAGAUUGAGGUGGCGUCAAUGGGCGAAAAGCACUGCAGACUAGAGGGCGAGGUUGUAUUGCAGCAGGAGGGGCUAGAACUACUCAAGGCCGGUGGUGAACGCUUUAAGCAGUCCGAAGUGUUGCGAGACAAGUAA